AGCUGGUUGUGUAUUAUUAUUUACAAGGUCUUUGUUGUAUAUGUACGAAAACCGGUUGGUGUUGUGAGGCCUGAGGAGUGUUGUUUUUAAUUAAGUGCAUUGUUGAUGUAGGGAGAUGCUCGUUAAAGUGGUUCAUUUUAUUGAACAGAGGAAUCAGAGUUUUUGGCGCCACAUAACUUAACAAUGAUAAGACGAAGUUUAACUGCUAUUUGUAGCGUGUAGUGUUGAUGGAAGUACGUGUUACUUGUUAGUAGAAUGAUUAUUACAUUUCAUGUAGCUCUGCUUGAACUGUGGAAUGUUGUAAAAAAGUGUGUGGAUAUAGCUAAGCACGAAGUUGCGGACACUGUGAUUUAUCCCGGUGUAUCGAGAUAUAGUGUACAUGGUGUUGAAUUCUAUCCACCUGUGAAUGUUCAGAGACAGGAAGCUGUGUGUCAAAUUAUCAGUGACUUCAGUUCCCGUGCGAGUGUUAAAAAAAUUGUUGAUUUUGGUUGUGGUCGCUUUCAGUACUUCAAAUUGUUUAAGAACAUAAUUGGUAUAGAGGAAAUUUUGGAAAUCGAUGUGAAUGAAGAAAUGUUGUACCAUGAGCACUCUCGCAUUGCUCCUACUGCAAGUGACUUUCUGACACGGCGCAAAGUGGACUGUAAAGUGCAGGUUCUGCAAGGAAGUAUUUCAGACUUGGAUUGUCGCUUGUUGGGAACAGAUAUCUUCGUUUGUAUUGAAGUUAUUGAGCAUUUGUUUCCUGAAACUCUUGAAAGUGUGCCGUAUACAGUAUUUGGUUUUAUGAAGCCUCAAAUCGCCAUCUUCAGUACACCUAAUAGGGAUAUCAAUAUUCUGUUCGAUAUGCGGACACCUUUUAGAGAUGAAGAUCACAAGUUUGAAUGGAGUCGAAUGCAGUUUAAGUGCUGGGGGAAUAACAUUGUUCAAAGGUAUCCAGAAUAUGAAGUUAGUUAUUACGGUAUUGGCAAAGGCCCAGAAGGAGCAGAAUCGCUGGGAUGUUGUUCCCAACUGGCAUUAUUUAGCAAGAAACUUGAAACAACGUAUCCUGGUUUUGAAAGACCUGAGGGGCAGCUUAUAUACAAAUUAAUUGCAGAGUAUAACUACCUUGCUAAUAGUCACGAUGAGGAAGGCAAAAGUGUUUUAGAUGAAGUUUGGGAAAUAAUACAACAUAUGAAUUUGUCCAGUGACUAUUAUGAUGCCGACCUGUGUGUGCCACUGUCGCUUCUGCAUUCCAAACUUAAAUCAAACACUCUCACCAUUUCGGAGUUAAGGGAGGUCUUAGAAAAUGGAAUGUGGAAAGUGAGGGAUUGCUCAGGAGAGACAUACGUUUUUCCAUAUGCUGAAAAUAAUAAUGACUCUGAUGACUUUGAAGAUGACCAAUAUGCAGAUGAAAGUGGCCUUUCAGUCGUUAUAGAACAGACUGAAGGCUAUGAGAGUAGUUGGGAGCAAUGUGUUCCAGAAGAAGAACAAUGGUCCGUAGAGGAUGAGGCAAAUGUGAAUGAAAUAUCUUAGUGGCAGGUGUUGGUAAUGGAGCACUGUAUAAAAACUUAAGCCCCACAUCACUAACUUCUGAAGAAUUACAAUUAUUUUUCACUUAGUUGUGUAUCGUCGUCAUCAUUUGUAAAUAAUGCUUUUUUGUUAUAUUAAAUAUUGUGUGUUAAUUUAUUUCCUCAUAUUGUACCCCAUAGUGCAGAGGAUGUUGCUCUAUAUUAUUUUAGUGUGUCUUGGUUCUAGUGGAAAACUAUUUAUUUCGAACUCUCUGAUUAUACGCCAUACUUGCAUUUCGUAGUUUUCCACUAUAAUCUUCACGAAUUUCCACUAUAACCUCUUUCACUCCAGUAAUCCUUACAGUACAUAGCAGUAAUUAUGUUUUCUUUCUUCCCAUUUCUUUGUAGCUUAAAUGAUCUUUUACUGGUCCUUUCUCCAGGAUUACACAUGCACAAAUUUUGAUCUCUUUCAUAUUAGACAUACAAGUAGUGAAAUCCAUUCAUAAAUGUUGUAUGUAAACAACAGUGGUUCAAUGAAAUAGAGCUGAUGUUUGUUAUGUAGUACUGGUAACAGACUGCUCAGUUAAUCUUUAGUGUUUGAUGCCUCGGGAAAUUUUGUGUUGUGGAUAGUACAAGGAACAUAGUCUUGUACUGUGUGUGAAACAUAGAUUACUAUACAAACAGUUCUUUGAUUAGAAGGCACAAAGGGCCUACUUGAUAAGAUAGUUUAACUUUAUUCAUUCUCAUCAUCAUCAUCAGUCUUCUUCCAUCGUCUUCAGGUCUACAUAGUUUCCCUUUAUGUUGUCAUAUGAUCUUGUAGUAUCUUAAUGCUGGAAAGAAACCCAUAUUCGUUCUACGUGAGUACAUGUAGGUGCCUAGUUAUUUUGGAGCUUCUUGGUAGAAUUCUGUGUGAAUCCUGUCAUUUGUGGAUUUGUGAUACCUUUCUAGGCUGAGCAGAAUUACCUGCAUUUAAAUUAAGUGACUGUAUGACCCAGUAUAUUCUGUAAUGUAUGUCUCCCUUUUUUCCCUCCAGGCAGAGAUUGUAUUGAGGUCUGGAUUACUCAUUUCUGUUGUAGUAUGAAAUUGAUGCUUAAGUUUUGUAUGAAUUUGUUAUUAGAUUUUAUGUUGUGUUCAAAGAUAGCAUCAACAGUUUGAGACCAGUGUGACAGCCAUUUUCGUACUAUUAAGUGCUGUUACAUAAUAACCAUGCUUUGGACUUGUGUGGUAUAUUUCUUAUGAUAAAUUAUGGCUCCGGUAGUAAGUGACAGCUCAGGGAGUCCUUUCCCAUUAGGGCAGUUCAUAUCUGUUAUAACUGUGUUAAUACUGUGCAUUUAUUGUUGUAUUUCAUGAUCAGCACUUUCUAUUUAUCACUGUUCUGUUGUGUGCAUGUAUUUUUUGUAAAACUUUGACAGCAGAUUGUUGGACUUAAAAAUUGCACUUCACAUACAGUAGUCGC